AUGUUCAUUGUUGGAAGGGCAGUUACAGGCCUAGGGUUUUCGGGUGGACUGUCUGGCUGUUUUGCAGUUGUUAUCAAUAUUUUGCCCCUCGACAAGAGGCCGGUGUAUACUGGCUUGCUGGCGUGUGUGGAAUCGCUUGCGAUUAUAUCGGCACCCAUAGUGGGCGGUGCAUUGACGCAGGCUUUGGGGUGGCGAUGGUGUUUUUGGAUCAACCUUCCUAUUGGAGCUUUGGCGCUGGCGGCCAUCUACUUCCUCUUCUCGGACCCAAGAACACGUCAAGAAGACGACCUCACUCUGAAAGAGAAAAUCAGAGAGCUUGACCUCGUCAGCAACUGCUUAUUUAUCCCGUCUUUAACAUGUCUGUUCAUCGCGCUAUCUUGGGCAGGAACAAAAUAUUCCUGGUCAGACAAGAAAGUAAUAGCAUUGUUUGUUGUAUUUGCUGUCCUACUCGCCGCCUUUAUAUUCAAUCAAUACCGACGCGGAGACUCAGCAGCUCUGCCUUUCCGCAUCAUCAAAAGCAGAAGUGUUAUCGCAGGCUUCAUCUUUACGACGUGCACGAAUUCAAUGACAAAUGUCUUCGAGUGGUAUCUACCGACAUACUAUCAAGUGGUUCGAUCUAAAUCCCCAAGUGAGAGUGGCUACCUGAUGAUCCCAAUUCUUGUGGGAAUGAUGCUCGGGCUCUUUCUUCAAGGCAUUGGCACGACUACGUUCGGCUACUAUGCCCCAUUUAUGAUCCUCGGCUCCAUGAUUAUGCCAGUGGCCGCGGGCUUAAUGACAACAUAUGAUAUGCACACAUCCCUAGCCAAGAUCAUCCUCUAUUCCGGGUUAGUAGGAUUCGGCGGAGGCAUCGGCUUCCAGGCCCCACAAGUAGCUGUCCAGUCGACGCUCAGUACUGGAGAUGUCAACCUGGGAAUCGGAGUCAUUCUGUUCGGACAGAGCAUGGGCCCAGCAGUGUUCAUCGCGAUUGCCCAGGUCAUAUUUAGCAACCAGUUGUCGUCAGGUUUGGGAGAAAUUGUACCAGGUCUCACAUCUGCAUAUAUUGAAGAGCACGGACUUAAUGAUAUCAAGGAUAUCGUUCCUAUGGAACAGUGGGGUGAGGUUUUGAGUGUUAUUGAUCGAAGCUUGACUCAUACGUGGUACCUCGCUAUUGCCUUGGCUUGCAUGACAAUUGUCGGAAGUCUUUUGGUUGAAUGGCGCUCGAUUAAGCAGAAACAGUCAUGA